AUGCCUGUUAAUGCUUUGGAAUCCUCGUCUUAUUUUCCCUCGAUGUCUUCGCUUCCAUCAUUGUCGACGCUCAGUUCGUCGCGAGCGUGGGAAUAUUUUUCUGAGCGGGGUGAGGAUGCACUCUAUGCUGUCAAAGGAGUGCUGGGAGGCACAGGCUCUAGCAAGUAUCUCGAUAUGCGUGAGGAAAAUGUCGCAAAGAUUCACUCUGAACUCGAAAGUAUUCACGAAGCUGAGCGUCUUGAGGGUAUGAAGAGCAUUGUCGCGAUGAUAUCGAAGGGUCGUGAUGCAUCCCCUUACCUCGCAUCUGUUUUUAAGUUGUCGUCCUCAACAUCCUUAGAAGUACGCAAGCUGGUAUAUCUAGUCGUAUUAAGGUAUGCAAAGUCGCAUCCAGACUUGGCUCUCUUGUCCAUCAACAGUUUUCAGCGUGACUUGGCAGACCCUAAUCCUCUCAUACGAGGGAUGGCACUUCGCACAUUGAGCGGAAUUCAUCUUAGAGAAGUGUCGGAGCUUGUCAUGAUGGCUGUGAACAAGGCCUCUCGUGAUCCACAUCCAUAUGUCCGCCGAAUCGCAGCGUAUGCGCUUCCGACCUGCUACAACCUGGAUCAUGGCAACUACGAGCGACUUGUCGAGUGUCUAAAGACGUUUUUCUGUGAUCGCUCUCCAUCCGUUUUAGGUGCAGCCACCAGCAUUUUUCAGAACCUAUGUCCGGAUCGCUGGGAUCUGCUACAUCGUCACUUUCGCAAACUAUGCUAUGCUUUGGGUGAUAUGAGCGAGUGGGCCCAACCCACAUGCAUGUUAGUACUCACCCGGUAUUCUCGAGCCAACAUAUCGAAACCCUCUAGCACUCAUGUGGACCCUGAUCUUCAGGUCCUACUCACUUCACUCAGUGCACAAACUGCCAGUAUGAAUCCGGCCGUUGUGGUGUCUGUUGUUCGAGCAUUCAGCGCACUUUUUCCUGAACGCUUGUCUGCCGUGUUUCCGGCAUUGAUCCGCCUUCUGCGCAGUCCUCCCGACGUCUCGUACGUUGUAGUGCUCCAUGCUAUUGAGCUUCUUCGCUCAAGCUUUGUUGACAUCUCUCCUUAUCUCACUGCAUUCUACGUACGCGCGUCCGACCCAGCCUAUCUGGCACUUGCCAAGCUCUAUGUCCUGGUCCAUUCGGCUUCCGCCUCUCAAGCAUCAGAUUUGGCUCAUGAACUGGCGACUUAUACCCGGUCUUCUUGCAUCACAGUCGCCUUGCGUAGUGUUACUGCUCUCGGACAACUUGCGUCUCGACAUGAAGGCGUGGCUUUGCAAAGUCUCCAGCUGCUCGUGAAUGUUACGCAAGUUCCAACUCUUUCCACACCUGUAUUAAGUCGCGCUGUGCAUGUGGUUCAGUCGCUCUUGCAUACAUGUUCCCCAUCGACUGCGGCUGUGGUUGUGGUGCGGUUUGCUCUUCGACUCUUUGUGCCUUUGGCCAAUCGAGUCAGAGACCCUGAUGCGCCCAGGAUCCGCAUCUUGACGGAUACUGUUUCUCGUGUGGCUGUGCUUUGGAUGCUGGGACUGCAUUUGAAGACGUGCUUAGCUGGCUCUAGCCUGUUGGAGCUGAUUGUGCCAGACUUGCUUCGAUGCUUAGUGGCUCAUUGGUCUAAAGAGCAAGCCUCCGUUCAGUGUCAGGCUUUGACACUGUCUGCUAAAGCGUUCGUACACGGUAUCACCCUCUCAAACUCUGCCUUACGCAUGGCUCUGACUGUUCUACACUACGAAAUUUUGGCACGCGCAUCCAUGAGUUCGGAUGCAGAUGUUCGCGAUCGUGCUCGGUUCUACGGUGGCUUGACGCGUGGACUAGCUGACUCGGAGUCCGAGCUCGACACCGCGCCUAAUGAGGAUGUGCGCUCGUACUUGGCAUCGCAUCACAACCUAGAUUUGCUUCGCCUACCGGGUGUUCGUUUACGUCUUGCACAGGUGCAACAUGUGUUGGUUUCCCAUGACGACGAAUCAGUCGGUGACACCUGUUUGAGGGAACACAGAUCAAAGACAGUGUCCGAUCGUGCCCUAUUUUUCGAUUUGGACUUCGACGUCCUAAAAAUGAAUUUGCGUGGAUCAAAGGAUGCCCAACUUCCUAAGUGGUGUGACCCUGACGCUUUGCCUCCAUCGAUCGUGAGGUUACCUGAUUCCCACUCGGUUCAGCCCAAAGACAAUUGGGCGCAAGAUCAGCGCUCUUUUAGCAACGACACUUUUUUUAACCAUCCAAGUAUGGCGUCAAAGGUGGUCCUCGAGCACCGUGAUAGGCAGUCUUGGUCUUCGACGACGACUCAAGGCCAAGCUCGAUUCACAGAUUUAGAUUCGUUUUUGGAAGCUCCUAGCGAGAGCGAUGACGACGACUACGUUGAAAAUGGCAUGAAAAAUUCCUCUACUAGUAUCGAUCGUCCUGCACCAGAAGAUGACGAGUAUGCCUACGAUUCGUCCGAUCUAGACUCCGAUGAGGCGGUCGCCAUGAUUAAAUAA